AUGGCCGUGUCCAAGCUCGACUUGACGUCGAGCGACUCCGCGACGCGCGUGAGCAAUGCGCUCAACUUGGGCAGGAUGGCACGGGCCGAUGAACCUCUCCUGACAAGGCUUCCUCGAUUUCGACUGCUGUCGACCCUCGUGGAUCGACUGAACGGGGUGGUGGGCAAGAACGAAGUUGCGAAACCCGCCGACAUUGAGAGCAGCUUGCACUUCAAUCUCCUUGGCUUCUCGGGCGCCUUCAGUAGAUCACAUGUCGACUACCUGGUCGGAACUUGGGUCAGGUGCCUCUUCGGCAGUAAAGUGUGGAUGAUUGCCUCCCAGAUGCAAGAGGAGGACUGGCAGCGUUUCGCGCGCGACGGCUGCAACUGGUCGCCAGAGGGUAAAGGACGUAUCCUGGUCUUGGAGCAGGACGAUGUUCUCUUGAUGCCGCCCGGUCUCCGCACCGUCCACGCCGUCCUCACUCCCGAGCCGAGUCUCGUGGAAGGCGGUAUGCUGUGGGACGAGGUCACCAUCCCACAAAUUCUCGAGGGACUGUUAUGGAUCGGCAAGAACCAGGCGUGCACCAACGAGCCGGUGGCUUAUCAGUUGCCCGGAAUCAUCGAUGCCCUCGAGCAAUGGGCCGAGCAGUUCUUGGACACCUCCUCGAGCGAAGACGAGCAAGAUGUCGAGUAUACGAGCGCGGUGAGGGACGGUAUUCGCGCUUUGCGUGCGUUGGGCUGUGCGUGCGGGUUGCGAUGCGAGAGCUCUGCAGAUUGCAUUUGCAAGCGUGAGCAGCGUCGGUGCACUUCUUGGUGUCUGCGGCACCCCCUCUUGCAGCCUCGCGAGAUGCGCGACGACGAAAGCGCACCCCGGGGUGCACGUACAAAGAACAAGGACGGAGGGAGCUUUUACUGUAUGCACGAUUGA